GUCAAGUUCAAGAUGCAGAAGGCUAGAGCUCGCGGCGACGGCGAGAAGGUCGCCAAGUACAAGGGCAAGAUCGCGCGCUGGCAGCAGCAGCUGAGAGACUCGAUGGGCGAGGGCGAGGACGGCCUGCCGCCGGGCUGGGAGAAGAAGGAGACCGACGACGGCCGCACGUACUACGUCGGUCCCCCAGUGCGGAAAUCGACCAGGCUCGGACCAGCGGUCCGCGCCGGCCGGCAAAUUUGGUUUUCCGCGCACAGGUCGACAAGAUCGGCGAGAAGGUGUCCUGGGACCUGCCCGGCUGCGAGCCGCCGCCGCCGGCGAGCGUCGAGGCCUCGGGCAACCGCAAGUCUCUGCUCAUCGGCAUCAAUUAUCCCGGUAGCUCGGCUGAGCUCCGCGGCUGCAUCAACGACGUCAAGCGCAUGAAGGCUUAUAUAACGAGUUGCGGGUUCCCGGACGACUCCGAUUCCAUGCGCGUUUUAACUGAUGAUGGAUGCAAUGAUGGUGAUCCGACGCACGACGCGAUCCUCGAAGGUCAUUGAGCCGGCGUCCCCAAAGGCCCCCGUGGACGCCCUGCACCGCGAGCUCUCGCGCAAGCGCAUGAGCCAGAAGCCUCAGCUCUCCUCGAGCCAGAAGUUCGAGCUCGACGACCGCGCCUUCUCCCUCACGAGCGGCAUCGUCGGGAACGCCAACGCGAACCUCGGCCGCCCGCCGCGGCCGCCGGGCUUCAAGAAACGCCCGAACACGGCCGGCGCGCAACCCAUGGGAGGCUUACCGAUCGAGGAGUUCCUCGCAGUCAUGAACGGCGGCGGAGACUCCGGGGAUUUGGUAGGCAAGCUCAUGCAGCUCGGGAUUAGCCUCGCCUCGAACGCGGGCUAG